UCAUGUUAGGUUGUUUCUCUUAACGAGUUACGGUGAAUUUUCACUGUAUUCGUACUUUUUUCUGCACUUUAAUUAAAAAAAAGAGUGAUCGAGUCUGUGCUCGACUUCCCUCCGCAUUUCGUGGGAACAUCUGGGUAGUCCGGGAUGUUCUUGUGUCCAACAUGGAGACAAAGCGAGUGGAGAUACCCAACAGCGUACUGGACGACCUCUGCAGUCGAUUUAUUCUUCAUAUCCCCAGUGAAGAAAGAGACAAUGCCAUUAGAGUGUGCUUUCAGAUUGAGUUGGCCCAUUGGUUUUAUCUGGAUUUCUACCUGCAGAAUACACCAGGAUUACCUCAGUGUGGGAUAAGAGACUUUGCUAAAGCUGUUUUCAAUCAUUGUCCAUUUCUCCUACAUCAAGGUGAAGAUGUGCAAAAGGUUUUGGAUAGAUGGAAGGAGUACAAGAUGGGUGUUCCAACAUACGGUGCAAUCAUUCUUGAUGAGGCAUUUAAAUACGUGCUGUUAGUACAGGGUUACCUUGCAAAAUCUGGUUGGGGGUUUCCUAAAGGGAAGGUGAAUGAAGAGGAGGCUCCACAUGAUUGUGCUGCCAGAGAGAUUCCGGUGUCGGCAAAAUCAUCAGUUGCUUAUUGAUGGGUCUCUAUGUGAUCCAUGUGCAAAGAUGAAACAACAACCAAAGCCAUAUAGCCAAAACAGUCAGACUGAUGUGCCAGAAGUAAUACUAAAGAACCAGCACUUGAGAAGUAAUGGCAGAAAGCAGUAUCAGGAUUCUCCAAACCCAAAGAAGAGGACAAAUGGCAUUAACAGUCAGGUUAAACAGCAGUAUCAGAUCUUGAAAUCUGAAAAGAAGUUUCUGCCAAGAAGACUUCAGGAUAAUUUUGAAAAUGAUGCAGUAUGUAAUGCAGUAUGUGAACUUUGCACUUCCAGUGACGAACAAGCUCUGGUUCAGCACAUUGAUGGAUUCCUGUCUGAAUGCAGUGGGGACUGUGAAGUGACACUUUCUUCCAGAGCAUUUCUGAACUUUAGAUUUGAUCGUGAGGCAAUCAUGAGAUGCCUUGAUGUGUGACGCAGCAAAGUUUUGGUUAAAGAUCAAGGAAACUGAAUACAAGUCAGGAGGUCUCAAAUCAAGCCUUUUCCUUCUCAGGUUUUUUUGAGGAAACCUAUGGAUUUCCAAAGUUACAGAGAGGGAGAUUUGAAGCUCUUCUCAAGAAUCGAGGCAAUGUAUGAUAAUGGUAUUAAGAGAAGCUCUUGCACUGCAAAUGCAAUAUCGCCUUUAAACACGAAAGUACCUUUUCAGUAUUUUGAAUUUUAACAUCUCCAGCUCAUCAGUUGUAUUUAUUACUAAGCAGUUUUCUGUUUGUGUUUUUAUACAUUUAAAACAUUUGUAUUGUGUUUAUAGUAGUCAUCCUCUUGAAGUUUUACAGGAAUAUAUUGAAUUUUUUUUAACUUGGAAAGUUUUAUUUCUAUACGCCUUGUUAGGGUGCAUAAAUAUAUUUUCUAUAUUCCUGUUUCUGUAAAUACCCAAAGUGAUAGCCACCUUGGUGAAAACAAGUGCUUCCUAGCUUUCUGUAUUUGUUUUCAGUAUUCUUACACAUUUUGUGUUGGAAGUUGUCACAUCAGCUUUGGGAAUAUUAAUUUAGAUAUGAAAGCAGCUGUAACAGAUGGGAUCCAAAACACAAGGGAAUCAUUUACCCUCUGAAAAGGCAAAAUAGUGAGUAGUGAAUCAUACUGACAUUUAUUAUAAUUUACACAAUGCUGUUUAACAAGAUUAUACAACCAUACAGAAGCUGCAAGGUCAGAAACCUAAGUUUAUACAUAAGGUAUACAUGCAGUAGCAAGUGCAGCUUAAAUGUAGAAUUGGAAAUAGAUUAUGAGGUGUUUAAAAACGGGUAAGAAAAUGACUUAAAGAUGUCAAGCAUCACAUAUUGCACACUGCACUAACAUGACAGUUUGAGUUGUAUUUAGAGCUUUGUGUUUACUUGUCUUUCUAAUUUAAUGUGAAUCUGUUUAUCAUUUUGUUAUGAAGUACAAUACAGGACUUUUCUGCUGGAGUACUUGUGUCAACUGUUAACCACUUGUGUGCAUGUGUGUGCGUGUGCAUAUUUGUUUGUUUUGACUGUUUCUUUAAGCACACUCUUGUGAGAGAAUGUUCAAGUAAUUGUGUUGCACCUGCCGGAGACUAUGUCUGUGAUAGGUAUAAAAGCAUAUUUACUUCACAUUGUAGUACUGAGUCAUGUAGGUCUUCUUAAUUAAAGGUAGCCACUUGCCUAAUCAGAAAGAGGAUGGCAGGGUUAAAAUGGGACCAGAUUGUCUGUAUCUUCAUAAAACACCUGCUAAAAGUAAGUUUUUUUUGUUUGCGUCUACUAGUUUAUCCCCAGAUAGCGCCUGACAAACUGAGACUAGGAAAUAAAAGGUACUUGGUUAUUUUUGUA